UGUAAUAUUUCUGCUUUUUAACGUCACUCUUUGGAUUGCCGAAGUCCAAUUUGAGUUUAUUGAUUUCACAGUGUAUAGCAAAAUUUUGAGUAGGUUUCAUAAUCAAGAUGUUGCACCUCCGCCGAGCAAUCAAACACAAGUACAGACGACAACAGUCGCGGGCGUCACUUUCAAGAAGCGCGCGUGUCCUUGGGGGCCGAUCGUGACCUCCGAGGCUGGCGACGGACGAAUGGCGAACCGGAUUUGGGAAUACCUGGGCACGUGGGGUCUGGCCAAGUUCCUGGGUCGGCAGGCGUUCGUGCCCAAGGUGACCUUUGACUGGCUGCUGCCCAUUUUCCCCGACCUCGAUCUGCCCAUCUAUGAGGAAAUCAAACAUUGCAACCUGAGUCUGCAGCGAAUCAGGGAGGUCGACUCGCUGGACACGUUGAAGGAGCGCGUCCAGGGUCAGCACCUGAUUUUCGAAAAGUGGUACGUCCUGCCCAGGGUGGUGCUGCCCUACCUGGACGAGGCGCGAAAACUGUUCCGCUUCGCCGACGACCUCGUCCUCAAAGUCAACCAAACCAUCAGGGCCGUCGGUGGUGAGGGCCGCGUCCUGGUCGCCGUCCACGUGAGGAGGACCGACUACAUUGGCUUUUUGGUCAAUCGCUACCAUUUGACCAUCGCCAACAAAUUCUAUUAUUUGGAUGCGAUGGACUGGUUCCGAAAAAACAUUGGAGGAAAAUUGCUCUUCCUGAUUGUGAGUGAUGACCCGCCGUGGUGCGAAUUGAACUUGCUGGGCCAGGAGGACGUCGUGAUGGCGUCCAAGGACACUUACCACGACCUGGCCCUGCUCACCUUGGCCGACCACAACAUCAUCGACUACGGCACUUACGGCGCCUUCGCAGGUCUUAUGACCAAAGGUCACACGGUCACUCUGUUUUCCAUCGACUUCGACCAGGUCAUGGCCAAGUACAAGAACUGGCACGUCAUGGACGAAAGAAAAUAUAUGACCAAAUUGCAAUAA